CAAAUUUACAAAGCUAAACUCAUUUGUCUGCCUCUAUUAAAGUAGACCUCCAUUUGUCUUCCUCCUCUUCCUUCAACACCUAAAUAUCAAAGCUUUACUAUAAGGGGUGAGGACAGCAAAAAAAAGACAAAAUCCCAUCUCAGAAAAAAUCUAAUCUUUCAAGUCUUUGCUCUCUCUAUCACAAUCCCAUUUCUCAAAUACACUCCUUUUUUCUUCUUCUACCUUAGUCUUCAGUUCAUUUGUUAGAAUUAGUCCAUCCAUCUGAAUUUCCAAGAAGUAGAGAUCAUUGACCCCAGAAAAAUUUUCAACCCCAUCUCAGAAAAAUCUAAUCUUUUCAAGUUUUAUACUGUCUAUCACAAUUCCACUCUCUAAAGAAGAAAUUCUUUCUCCUCGUCCUACCUUAUUUUAAUCUGAAUUUCCAAAAAAGGAGAGAACUUUCCCAGAAAAUUUGCAACCCCAUCUCAGAAAAAUCUGAUCUUUUUCUACUUUUCUACUGUCUAUCUCCAACACCAUCUGUUAAAAAGACUCAUUUUUUCAGUUCAAUUCAAUUGGUCCAAAAUCUUGUAAUUUAGAAUAUUCUUGAAGGUCUAGUGAAAUGAGGGAAGAAGAUUCUAAUUGGUUUGCUAAAUGGGAAGAAGAACUGCCUUCUCCUGAGGAGCUAAUGCCUUUGUCCCAAACCCUCAUCACUCCUGAUUUAGCCUUAGCUUUUGAUAUUCAAAACCCCAAUAGCCCACUUCCCAAAACUCACCACCAACAACACCAGCAGACUACUCCACCACUAGGAGUUCAUACACCUUCAUCUCACCCUAACUCAUCGGCCGAGUUUGACUCGGCCGAGUUGGGUGGCACUGCAGGUUCAGGGGGUGUUGAUGAACCUGCCCGUACCUUAAAAAGGCCUAGGCUUGUGUGGACCCCACAGCUCCACAAGAGGUUUGUGGAUGCAGUUGCUCAUUUGGGGAUCAAGAAUGCUGUCCCCAAGACUAUAAUGCAGUUGAUGAGUGUAGAUGGCUUAACUCGUGAGAAUGUGGCUAGUCAUUUGCAAAAGUAUAGGCUAUAUUUGAAACGUAUGCAGGGACUUUCUAAUGGUGGCAGUGGCAAUGGGAAUGGAAGUAUACCGGGUUUAUCCGGGGGAGGGAUGGUGGAUACAGCAACAGAUCAACUGUUUGCUAGUUCACCAGUGCCUCCACAUUUUUUGCAUCCAGGGAGGGGUAAUUCUGACCAUUAUAUGCCGUUCGUGCCGGUGGCAGCAAUGCAUCAUCAUCAUCAGAUGGCUGCAGUUGUUGGACACCCUCCACAGCUUCAGCAGCAGUAUAGGCAUUUCGGGUCGCCACCAAACGGGCAGUUUGAGGUUCCAUUCUUGUCGAGGCAGUCGCAUCAGCAGGUUCAGAGAAUGGGAACAUCAGUGCAUAGUAGUAGCCCUGUGGUGCCAUCUUAUGUUGAGGAUUUGGAAUCAGCUACAGCUGCUAAUGGGAGGAAGGUUCUUACUUUGUUUCCAACGGGAGAUGAUUGAUAUUCAGGGUAACUGUUGAUUUGUCAUUUGCAAUUUCCUGUUAAUUUGUCUUAAAGAUAUAUCUGGAGACUGGCUUUGGAAUUAUACUUAAGUCUUUGAUUUAGAACCUUUUAUUGGAUAGGUGGUGUUUCAGUUUUUAGUAUCUCUAUAUACAGUCAUUUGUACUGGUCCUUAUAAAACUGUGAAUCCACUUUCCAGUCCAUUACUGUCUUCAGGUCAAAGUCAGUUGUGUUUUUAAGAAUUAGGAUUUGGUGCAUAGUGUCAGUGCUGAAAUUGUUCACUUAGACGAACUUCUACAGGUGUAAUUAUGUUGUGGUUAGCACUGUGUUUCUCUUGUCAGCCUCCAUGUUGCUAUCUAAUUUAACCCCUGUCGGCUACUAGUGAUGAAUAAUGAAGGAAAUGUCAAUUUGGGAGCAUUAAUGUGGUUCUCGGAGUCAGUGGUAACAACAUUGUCUAAGUAUGCUGAUCAAUGUGGUUCUCUAAAAAAGCUGCUCUACUCCGUGGUUGCAUAAGAAGCGCUCGACUUUCCUCAGUUCUGUAUUUCUCAUUGAGGUAAGCUGUUGUCUGUGAAGACAUGAUGGCAGCAGUCGCAUUUAAAGCAAGAUUGUUCGGAUGAAUAUGAAAUAUCAAAUAGCUGUUGGUAACAGGCUAACAGCAUUGGGCAGCAUGAUGCAACUAUCUUUGGCUAUUUUCCCUAAUCUUCUGAUAAGAAUUUAUUUCUGAUGUCUCCUGGUUUAGUGGCAUGUACAGGUGAGUCCUGCUUGUUGUAAAUUGAGUGAUCUCAUUGCGGACUUAAACACUUUGUUGAAAAUCUCUCUGGUGCUAAUGUUACUCCAUUGUUUACUCCUUUCGGAUGCUUAUUGCUUUUUCCUGUUAGUGCUUGGCGGAACAGUAGUUGCCACAUAAAAUAACUGGAUACAUAGUAUGUCUACUCCACUCCAUAUUGCUUCUAUAGCUAAGUAUGGGAAAAAGCACGAGGUAAAUCUCCACUUCAAGAUAUGGAGCUGUUUAUUUUUGUAAGUGUUCUGAAACUUGUCACUUAAAAUGCGAUUGUGUGAAACUACUUAAGAGCCUAUAAGUUGUUACAAGGUAGGUAUAUAUUGUAUCAUAUUUCUGCCACCAAAUUAAGGUUAUAUGUAACAAAGUUUAUGUAGUAGAAGAUCCUUUCUCAAUCUUUUAAGAUACUAAAGCUAGUUUGAAAAUGCUAUAUUGCAAAUGGAUAGCUAGAUAGCCUUUUAACUUUCUGAAGCUAUUCAUUCAGGGGUAAGUUUGACCAUGUAUUAUUCUGUUUGUUUGGAUAGAAUGCAUAUCCUGUUGCAGAUGCCAAAAGGAAUUGGGGCCACCUGUUUUUAGAACCUGUGUCUUCAAUUCUCUGGCUUGUAAUGCAUGAGCCUUGUGAACUCUUGUCUAAAUUUAUUGGUUUAUUAAGUGUUGAAAAAGUAUAACGAGUUCCCUUAAAGGUCGAACCUGUCAAGUUUAAAUCUUGGAUCCGCUUGUCUAUCUUCCAUUCUGUUUGUAAACUUUCACAAUGCUGCUUUUGACAUGCCUGAUCAACACUGAUUUAUCUUUAGAAUCA